AUGGAUGUGAAAUACCCAGGAUGUUAUAAAAUCACCACUGUCUUUAGCCAUGCACAAAUGGCAGUUUUGUGUGUUGGCUGCUCUACUGUCUUCCACCAGCUUACAGGAGGAAAAGCAAGGCUUACAGAAGGCUGCUCAUCCAGACAGAAGCAGCACUAA